AUGCUUCUGGGCUCUUCUUCCCUUUAUCGCCUCCUUCUCCUGCUCACUAUAGGCUACAUAACAUACCUACACCUCUCAUUUACCAAGAUCACCUCUCCGCAACCUGUUCCUGCUCAAGAUGAAUCCUCCAAACUCUCGACCCCUGGAGCGCGCAUUCCGCAGAAGAUCUGGCAGACCUCGCCCUCGACAAUCCCCGCCUUAAAUGCCUCGCAUGCUUCUCGUAUCCAGACGUGGACGAGCCUCAAUCCUUCCUGGCGCUACGAAUGCCUCAGCGAUCAAGCCGCAGAAUCUUGGGUCCGUUCAACCUUCACAGCGACCUCGCCAGAACCUGAUCUAGUGAGCCUCAGCUGGUUGGGCGAUAUCUACCUCUCUCUGACCGACCGGAUUCUCCGCGCCGAUUUCCUCCGUUACCUCCUCGUCUAUGCUGAAGGUGGCGUGUAUACAGAUCUUGACACCUCUUGCCUAGUGCCAAUCAAGCAAUGGGCGGGUGUCAACGCUACAUUGAUGGAGCAAGCAGAAGUGGUGAUUGGUGUAGAAGCCGACAGGAAGCCUGUGGAGAAUGAUUGGCGGUUGUACCAGGACUAUAGAGACUGGAUCUGGGGGGUUGAGAAUUGGACGUUUGGCGCAAAGGCGCGGCAUCCGCUUUUCAAAGCUGUGCUGGAGAACGUGGGAAAGAAGUUACAAGACUUGCUGAAAUCUCCAGAAGGAGACAAGGCUGUGCUGUAUCAUGAAGUCAUCGCUACGACUGGCCCGAGAGCGUUUAGCGAGGCUUUCCUAGAAUACAUCUCAAGCACGCAGGAAAAGCAGAUCUCUUACAAGGAGUUCAGUAUGCUCGAGCAGCCGAAGCUAGUGGGUGGUGUACUAGUGCUACCAAUACGAGCAAUGAGUGUGAUGGAGGCAGACCGCGCUGAUGGGGAGGGUGCGAGAAGCUUAGGGCUAGAGCCUGUGGUGAGGCACUGGAGUGAGGGCAGCUGGAAGGGGUCUCAUAUUGCUGUAUUGGGAGACAAGCCGGACGGCUGGAAGGAGAGGGAGGAGAAGCUUUCAACGGAGGAGGCAAAAGCGAAGAAGGAAAGGAAGGCGGAGAAGAAAAUAGUGAAGAAAGAGAAGGCUGAGAGGAGAAAGGAAAAGAAGGACAGGAGAGAGAAGAAAAUGGACAAGAAAAUGGACAAGAAAAUGGCGAAGCAAUUGAAAGCCGUCAUGAGGGGGGAGUAA